AAGUGUAGUCCGGGAACUGUGUGUAGCCGGAGGCACUUCCGCUCCGGGAAGGCGAGGUCAGCGCCGAGAUUACUCCCAGUGAGUUUUGCCUUCCCAGAACUCUGCUGUUCCCCGGAAGGAAGAGGGGGGGGACAAUGACCAAGUUCCAGGAGGCAGUGACCUUCACGGAUGUGUGUGUGGUCUUUACGGAGGAGGAGCUGGGGCUGCUGGACCUUGCCCAGAGGAAGCUGUACCGGGACGUGAUGCUGGAGAACUUCCAGAACCUUCUCUCAGUGGGGCAUCAGUCCUCCAAACCAGAUGUGAUAGCCCAGCUGGAGCGAGAGGAAAGGCUUUGGGGGACGGAGCUCCAAACCCAAAGAGGGAGGCAUGCAGGAGGCAGGAAUCAGAAUGAGAUGGAGAUACUUCCUGAGAUGGCAGUAGGGUGCCUUUCGCUGGGAGAGCUUUCCUGCUGCCAAAUCAAGACACAUGUUGUGAGCGAAUCAACCAAAAGUCCAAAAGACUCGGGGAUAAAUGUUCCAGGAACGAGGUCUCACUUGCCCAAACCACCUCAUUGCCCGGCAGGCGUCCCCCGUCAGGCUUGCACGGAGGCCAGCUGUCCUCUGGCUCUCAGGGAGCAGCGGUCCAGCUUUCCUGAAAACCGAGCAUCUCCCGCCGGACGAGCGCCCGGCCCCUGGCGGAAACUCUGCCUGAACGGGGCCCAGAAUUACCCGAGAGGCGGCGCGCAGACUCCGAGCCGGUGCACAUGCUGCGCGUUUGCCCCGUGUGCCCACGAGCUCCGAGGCCUCCCGCAGCGCCUCGAGGAGGAGCCGGCGCCCCCGAGAGAGACAGCGCACGGCGGCCGAGGGCCUGGCGGGGAGGCGGCCUGGGCGCCCCGCCUCGCGCAGCGCAGCCUGAUGGCCGUGGGGCCGAACCCCUACCCAUGCGACGAGCACCAGAGAGGCUUCGGCGACCACCCAGGCCUGGCAGCGCCUCCGCAGGCACCCCGGGGCGCGCCGGCCCCUCCGCGGCGGGCGCAGGAACGGGCCCUGCCCAUCGCGCAGGGCGUCCUCCCGGGCAAGAAGCGCUACUGGUGUCACGAGUGCGGGAAGGGCUUCAGCCAGAGCUCCAACCUGCAGACCCACCAGCGCGUGCAUACGGGGGAGAAGCCCUAUUCGUGCCACGAGUGCGGCAAGAGCUUCAACCAGACCUCGCACCUCUACGCCCACCUGCCCAUCCACACAGGGGAGAAGCCCUACCGCUGCCAGAGCUGCGGGAAGGGCUUCAGCCGCAGCACGGACCUCAACAUCCACUGCCGGGUGCACACGGGCGAGAAGCCGUACAAGUGCGAGGCGUGUGGCAAGGGCUUCACGCAGCGCUCCCACCUGCAGGCCCACGAGCGGAUCCACACGGGCGAGAAGCCCUACACGUGCGCCGACUGCGGGAAGCGCUUCAGCUGCAGCUCCAACCUCCACACCCACCAGCGGGUCCACACGGAGGAGAAGCCCUACAAGUGUGAGCAGUGCGGCAAGUGCUUCAGCCUGAGCUUCAACCUCCACAGCCACCGGCGCGUCCACACCGGCGAGAAGCCCUACAAGUGCGAGGAGUGUGGCAAGGGCUUCAGCUCCGCCUCGAGCUUCCAGAGCCACCAGAGGGUCCACACUGGGGAGAAGCCCUUUCGGUGCAGCGUGUGCGGGAAGGGCUUCAGCCAGAGCUCGUAUUUCCAGGCCCAUCAGAGGGUCCACACUGGGGAGAAGCCCUACAAGUGCGAGGUGUGUGGGAAGCGCUUCAACUGGAGCUUGAAUCUUCACAACCACCAGAGGGUCCACACGGGGGAGAAGCCCUACAAAUGCGAGGAGUGUGGGAAGGGCUUCAGUCAGGCCUCGAACCUUCAGGCGCAUCAGAGCGUCCACACCGGAGAGAAGCCUUUCAAAUGUGACUCGUGUCAGAAGCGCUUCAGCCAGGCCUCCCAUCUCCAGGCCCAUCAGAGAGUCCACACCGGAGAGAAACCCUACACGUGUGAGACGUGUGGGAAGGCCUUCAGCCAGAGGUCCAAUCUGCAGGUCCAUCAGAUCAUUCACACGGGAGAAAAGCCCUUCAAAUGCGAGGCCUGCGGCAAGGAGUUCAGCUGGAGCGCGGGGCUCAGCGCCCACCAGCGAGUGCACACGGGCGAGAAGCCCUACAUGUGUCAGCAGUGCGGGAAGGGCUUCAGCCAGGCCUCGCAUUUUCACACGCAUCAGAGGGUCCACACCGGAGAGAGACCUUACAUCUGCAACAUCUGCUGCAAGGGCUUCAGCCAGAGGUCCCACCUCGUUUACCACCAGAGGGUCCAUGCCGGAGGGAAUCUGUAGAAGCGGCAGGCGGGGAAUGGGCUGCAGGGAGAAUUCCCAUCGUCGCCUCCCUCGGAAAGUCCUCGCUGGUCAGCGGGACACGUGCCUUCCAGAGUCGGAACCUUCCCGGCGUCAUCACAGGACAGAAGUUCUAGAGAAUGCCGUCCUUGCGGGAUUCAGUUGGGAGGCGAACUCUUGGCAAAGGUGGGAUUUCACAGCGGAGAGAAGACCUAUGCAUACAGCCAGUUGUCCGCACACCCCAGUUCUCAGGAUGGCAGCACAAGAGGAAGGGAGCCUCUCCAUGAAGGUUAGGAGGCACAGGCAGGACCGUAGCAAAAGGGUAUUGAUGGCGGACCAACAGCAGGUGUCAGCGACAGCAAAACCUCCACGUGGGGAGGGCUGGGGUUUUUUUUGGUUUGUUUGUUUGUUUGUUUGUUUGUUUUAACCACUGAAUCUCUACUGUGUAGACCUGCGCUGGGCUCCUAAUAGGUGCCUGGCCAUUACUGAAUCAAGUGGAGAAAAAUCGCUCUACUUAGGACAAAUAUUUGAAAAUUCUAGUCCGUUCCCUCUCCUAAAUUCAUGACACACGCAAAAAAAGUCCUGUGAGUUGCCUUAAUAAGAUGAAUUCCAGGAGAUGUAUUAAUUGAAGCACAAAAGGUCACGUCAUAGCGCCGUCCACACGAGCCGAGUCGGGGACGAGACUUGCGCGUGGCUGGCAGCCUCCUUCCAGCCUCGGUUCCAUGGAUAGUAUCAUCCAUGGCGUGCAGCCUGCUAUUUGGUAACAUGAGUUCGUAUUUUAUAGACUGAAAAAUACUGGGUUUUUUUAAAAAAAUUAACCUGAUACCUUCCUGCAGUUUGUAUGAUGGGAAAUUUAGAACCCUGAUCCAUUAAGGUAGGGUUUUACCGUUAAAAGUAGUUACUAAUGACAAAAGGUUUCCUAGUAAACUUGAAUUGUUAACUAA